UUUUAGGUGAAAAUAACAAAUUUCAAGUGAAGUACUCGGAUCCAAAGGUCUGCAAGAGCUUUUUGCUGGCAUGCUGUCCACAUGAAAUCUUAUCAUCAACAUUCUAUUUCCAGAGUCUCUGGAAAAAGCAAUUCCAAUCAGAUCCAUUGUACAAUAUUGUUGCGAGUAUUGUCCGCUCAUAUGUCGUGUUGUACUUCUCGCUCUCACAUGCGCGUUACUGUAUAUUAAUUUGAUUAAUGAUAUAUAUAAAGGCGAGCGGUUACCUCAGCCCCUCUACCGGUCAACGGUGGCGAGGCUGAGUGUUGAAUAUUAAUUCCGAGACCCCGAAAGGCCUGUAUAAAGUUGGUGAGUAGCGUCAUGCUGAUUCAUGAGACGAUGUCUUAUUGUCGCUUCUUACUAAUAAUGCCGUUUACGGCAGGUAGAAAUGAAGUUUACUUUGAAAGUAUGUGUGAAAAUCGUAUUCAUCCUCGGAGAUAUAAUGGGUACAGGAAAUGAAGCAGUGAUCUGUAAGUAAAUUAAAAAAAAAAAAAAAAAAAAAAGAAAAGAAAAGAAAAAAAGAAAAAAUGAAAAUUAAAGAAAAAAGACAAAAGAAAGGAAAUGCGAAUUGCCAAGAAAAGUACAUUUUUUUGAAAAAUUGAGUCUCGGAAUUGUAAAUAUUUCUUUCUUAAAACCAAAAUUUGUUUUUUUCAAUUAAUUAAUAUACAAUAAAACUUCGAUUGGUUAAUUCAUGUAAAUUUAUAAUGUCAUAUAGAUGGAUAAGUUUCAAUACAAUUACUAUUACAAUUCAUUCAAAAGAUUUUUUGAUUAACUUUCAAUUUGUAAAAAAAGAAUUGUAAAAAUUUGUAAAAAAAAAAAUGCAAACGAUUAAUUUAAUGAAAUCUUCAAUCGAGGUUUUAGUUUAUGUUAAUCUUGUGAUGUUAAAAUUCAAAUAUUGAUAUUUUCCAAUUCAUCAUUCUUUCAAACAUGUGUACCAUUAGGGAAAGUCUAUGUAGAAUUGAAAUGUAUGAAAUUAAUCAUAAUGCGUAUUAUCGUAACGCGCAAUAGUAUUUCUUUCAGUUUAUAUUCUUCAUAAAACUUUAAAUCUAUUAAAUCUCCGUUUUAUUUGAAAAUAAUAAUGAUAAUUUUAAUAAAAAAAGAAAGAAAUGAGUGACUGAGCGAAUGAAUGAAUGAGUGAAUAAGAGAGAGAGAGAGAGAGAAAGAGAAACAGAGACAAACUAAAAUCAAGAGGAAAAUUAUGCAAUGAUCGUUAAUGAUUAAGCGUUUUAUUUUGGCAAUUUGCAAGGCGAUAAAAUUAUCCAUGAGAAAAAAAGAGAGUGAAAAGUGGCAUGAACAGUGAGCGAGAGGGAGAGAGACAUUUAUUUAGGGGAACUAUACAACGCGCCAGUUUUAUUAGAAAAAUUUUCUUCAGCAUUGGAUGUACGUAUUGAAUUCGUUUUCUAAAUCGUCUAGAAUUCACAUAUGGAAAUUUCGUGUUCUACCGUAUAUAGUAUAAUAAACCUAUUAGGCUAUAAGUUGUUUCAUAGACCAUUGAACAUAUGAACUUAAGGUGUGUGCUGAUUGUAGCUUCAUUGCCAUCGCAUUGUCGUGUCAGGCGGAGAGGUGUUACCACUCUGUAAGUGAACAUAACAAAAUAUUUAUCUGUAAAUUGAAUUGCAUUUUUACUUUGUCUAUAAAAAAAAAAAAAAAAAAAAAAGAAAAAAAUAUAAUGAUAUUAUAUUGGUCGAAUGUAAGGAUAUAUGCGUGUAUAUAUGUAUGAAUAAAUAAAUAUAUGUAAUAGUAUAUUUAUUUACUCGAUUUAAAAAAAAAAUAUAUAUACACGUAGAUAUAAUUACUUUGUAAGCUCGAAUAUUUAUAUCGAAAGUGUUUGUAUGUUCUUAUAUCUAAAUAAAAAAAAAAAAAAAAAAAAGAGAAGGAGAAAAAAAUAUAUAUUUACACGUAUCUUUCUAUAGAUAAUUAGGGUUUUUAAUUUCUGCCGUUGUUAUGUUUUAAAUAAUUUAGUUAAUUUUAUCUAAGACUUAACUAGUUUAGUUUUCUAUUUACGGAACAGCCAAUUGAGAAUCUUGUUCUUGUCGUAAUAUAAUCUUUCAUAAAACAAGUCGGGAGGGAUUAUAUGUAUAUAUAUGUAUAUAUAUAUAUAUAAAAUAAACCCAAUGAGGCUUCUUGGAAUUGAAUAUAAUAAUAAGCUAAUAUCAAAUGGUUUGUGAAUCGCAGCGCAUGGACCUGGGAGAAUGCCCCCAGAUUCACGACUUGGCCCUACGGGCUGACUAUGAGGCUGCACAAAAGAAGAAGGACCAUUUUUACGACAUCGAUGCUAUGGAACAUUUACAAAAUUUUAUUGCCGAUUGCGAUCGUCGUACAGAGCAAGCAAAACAACGUCUCGCGGAAACGCAAGAAGAACUUAGCGCUGAAGUAGCGGCAAAGGCGAAUAACGUUCAUGUACUCGCUGAAGAAAUUGGCAAAAAAUUGGCUAAAGCCGAGCAACUUGGCGAGGAAGGCUUUGUUGAGGAAUCCAUGAAGCUUAUGGGUGAGAUUGAUGAAUUACGAAAGAAGAAAAAUGAGGCUGAACAAGAAUAUCGGAAUAGUAUGCCUGCAUCCAGUUAUCAACAACAAAAAUUAAGAGUUUGCGAGGUUUGCAGCGCAUAUCUUGGAAUUCAUGAUAAUGAUCGACGAUUAGCGGAUCAUUUCGGUGGAAAAUUACAUCUAGGCUUUAUCAAGAUUCGAGAAAAGUUAGCAGAACUUCAAAAAACCGUCGAAGAACGACGCAAAGAAAAAAGAGAAUCAUUAUUGGAUAGACGCAGAGAUAGAGAUAGAGACGAUCGUGAACGUGAUCGUGAUAGCCGACGUGGAGGAUUGGGUUACAGAGACAAAGAUCGCGAUCGCGAUCGUGAACGUGAUCGUGAUCGUGAUCGUGAUCGUGAUCGCGACAGAGAUCGUGACCGUGACCGUGAUCGCGACCGCGAUCGUGAUCGUGAUCGUGAUCGCGAUAGAGAUCGAGAUCGCGAACGGAGAGAUAGAGAUAGGAGAAAGUCACGCUCUCGAAGUCGCAGUCGUGGAAAAAGAUCAAAACGUUCACGCAGUAGUAGCCGUAACCGUCGAUCCCGUUCUCGCCAUAGUGGAUCUAAUGAUCGAAAAAGAUAAAAUUAAUUAUCAUUUUUAAUUAUGCUCAAUCAUUUUUUCUUCGUAUGAAUUUUCACGUGCUUAUUUAUGCACAAUGUAUGUAAAAGAAAAAGAAGGAACAAAAAAACAAAAUAUUUGCAGAAUAUCAUUUUUUCAAUAGAGAUUUUUUUUCAAGAAUAUAAAUUAAGAUUUGUACAUUAUGUCCAUCACACUUUAUUGAGAAUAUCAAUAUUUCGAAAUAUAUCUUUAUGUAAAAUUAGAUAUAUUCACCUGUCAGUGUAAAAACAGGAAUGAAUUUAUUAGAUAUUAAUAUACUAAUAUACUUAUUCUAUUUCUUGAUAUAUCGAUUAUACUUUUAAAUCUAGUUAUUAUUUCAUGUACAUAAGAAUAAUUCAAGCAUAAAUCCAUAAUAUUUGAAAAUGUUACAUAUUUAUAAUAUGAUUACAUGAUUUUAUGUGAUUAUUAUAUGAGCAUAAGAAAUGAAGAUAUGAUCUAAAAAUAUAUACAUUUAAAUAAUUAUUGGUUCAAAA